CCACACCUAACUCCAUCCGACCUAGAAGAGCUUUGGGCAAUCUGGCUAUCCGACCCCCGCAUUCCGACGCGUGCGUCACGACAUGCAUGGGCCGCCUCACGGAACAUAAGUCCAAUACGCAUCGAUUACUGGUUCCGCUCUCGCAAAACAAAGGCGAAGAAAUUGGGACAACCGAUAGCGAACGAGACAUACGAGCUUCCG